GUGCCAUCUUGCUGCCGGCGGUGGGAGCGGAGCGGAGCGGAGCGGAGCGGCGGGUAGGCCUGGCUCCGCCAUGCCGCACUACCAGGCCUGGGAGGAGUUCACGCGUGCUGCCGAGAAGCUCUACCUCGCAGACCCCAUGAAGGUGCGGGUUGUUCUCAAGUAUCGGCACUGUGAUGGGAACCUCUGUAUCAAAGUAACAGAUGAUGUUGCUUGUUUGCUGUAUAGAACAGACCAGGCGCAAGACGUAAAGAAGAUCGAGAAAUUCCACAGUCAGCUGAUGCGACUCAUGGUGGCGAAGGAAUCCCGCAGUGCUGCCAUGGAAACGGACUGAAGUGCUGCAAAUAAAAUGAGUGCUCCGGUCAUAUUUCACUGGAAGAAAAUUAUCUCUUGGAUUUGAAUGAAUACUGGGAGAGGAGAUGCUUUUAUGUACCGAAGUGAACUGAUGACAAAGGUGAAGCAUUUCCCCCCCCUCUGCAAGACUCUGCUUUGGAAAACUAGGGAAAUAAAUGCUUUCAAUUGAAAGCUUAUAUUUAUUUUUGAGAAUCAAACAAGAAACUAUUCUUACACAUUAGGUAUAGUAAGAAGACAAGUAAAUAUUUUAAAUCUACAGUACUUUAGUCUGAAUAUGAUGGGCCACAAGCAUAUUUCUGGCAAGUUACUAUAAAAUUUUGUGUAGAUUUCUUUGUGUUCAUGCCUUAUGCUGGUGUGUUCUCCCAUGAGAAGGGUUAUUAACGAGCACUGUAGCGUGAUGACUGGAUCGAAGAACUAUUUCUGUAAGUGAUAUCCAUCAGUAGGGUUUAGAAGAACGGAUGUUUUCUGAACUGAAAGGUUAAAAUUGCCAAUUUGUAUUAGCACUGUCACUAGCAAGACUUUAGCUUUUGGUAUUGAUCUUUUUGGUAUUAAGCUGUGCAGCACUGUGGGGUGCAGUUUGUAGACCAGUUCUAUCGGCUGAAUGAUCAAAAUUCUGUAUUUUAGAACGUCAAGUAAAACUUUGCUAGAAUAUUGCUGCAGCUCGGUGAGAAAAGGGGACUUUCUUUUCUGCUUAUGCAAAUACUAUUAUUAAAAAAUAGCCAGUGGCUUUUUUUUUCCAGUACUUGAAGUAUUUUAUACUAGCAGGGAGGGAGCUUUUCCUCUCUUUGCUUCAGGCAGAGUUGAAGUAUAUCAGCAAGACCAAUUCUAGAAGCUGUUGCCUAUUAUGUUAAUAGAAAAAAUGCAACCAAACACUAUCCAGAUUCCUUAUUUUAGCAGCUUGCUAACUGUGCGUUUUCAAAUGUUACAUGUGGCAGAUGGAUGUCAGCCAACUAAAUAAAUGGAUGAAAACCAGCUUAAUAAAUACUUAAAUACCACUGUCAAAAAUAGCUCAAUGCUCCUGUGGCUUAGACUCGUUUCUCGUUGUUACCUCUGGUAGGGUGGUGGAAGCCUUAAUUGUCUUUUGCAAAGGCUUUUUGCUUCAAAACCCAGUAGCUGAAAUUGAUACUUGCUUUGACUAGAUCUUGCAUACUUAUAACCAGAUGAGUAUUUUAAUGUAAUUAUGCUAUUGGUAUAACUAGGCUUUUCCAGCACUAAUGUUUUGUGUUAAAACCAAGCCACAAAAGUAAAGCAGAGUCAUACAGA